AUUUUUAUAUUUAUUAAAGUGUUAAAUUUUAUUUUCAGAAUAAAAUGUCGGAAAGACAGAAACUUCUGAAAGACACCCAGAGUAUAAAAGUUGUGACUGAUGAUAAGCAAAUAUUGAAGCAUAUAAUGAUUGAUAUUCUUAACCUAAAACAAGGAAUGGAAGAUAACCUACUCCUAAUCCAACAAAUCAACCUGAUGAUACAGAAGGAAGGAGAGGAGCAGAAGGGGUUAGAUGACGUGAUCCAUGCUGCCCAGCAACAUAUUGACUCCAUCAAUUCAAUCUAUACACUUGGGGUUUCCUGGCUAAAAGAUGAUACUGAUUAUGCCGUAAACUUUAGAAGGGACGAUUCUCUUCAAUUAACACAAACAGAGAGUACAAGAGAAGAAAGUAAUCACGUGAGCCUGGAGAGUAUUGAAAAUCCAAAUAACAUAGAGAAUCCAGAUAACAUUGAGAAUCCAGAGGAGAACAUAAAGAAUCCAGAGGAGAACAUAAAGAAUCCAGAGGAGAGCAUAGAGAAUCAAGAGAAUGAGAAUACUGAUAAAAAUGAUGAAACGAAAAUGGAUAUGGAUGAGGUCAUAGAUCCAAGAAGUAUGCUUGCUCUUGAGAUCAAAGAGGAUUCGGAGAGAAAAAAACAAGUUUCAGAUAUAUUGUGCAAGGUUGAAGUAAGCGACACAUGGUACGAUGAGUGCUCUUCUGAUUCCGGAGAAUUUGUUGGACAACUUACCAAAUCUGGAAAGAUUAAGAGGGGAUCGUUGAUACAGUCUCCUUGUGAUCAAUGCUCAUUUGUGGCAAGUUCUAAAUCUAACUUAAAACACCACGUUCUAACGGUGCACACUGAAUAUAGUGCUUGUGAUUUAUGUGACUUUGUCGGCUCAGUAAAGGGAGUUAAUGUUCAUAAAAUUAGAAAACAUGAUGGACACCAAUUCUCCUGUUUAGUAUGUGACUUUCAACAUACACAAAACGACGUGUUAAAAACACACAUUAAGGAAAAGCAUGAUGGACGUGGGUUUCCUUGUAAUCUCUGUGAAAAAGCUUUUCAUAUAAAACCUAAUCUGAGUAGACAUGUGCAGAACGUACAUCAAAAAGAAAUAUAUUCUUGUAGUCAGUGUGAUUACUUUGCAAGAACUAAAAAUACUCUGAAGGACCACAUUGAUAGUGUUCAUUUGGGUCGACAAUAUAAUUGUGAUAAAUGUGAUUUUGUGGCAGAAAAGGCUGAUCACCUUAGAACACAUAAGAAGAAAACUCACAGCACAGAUGAUAAAUUAACAAAAUAUUCUUGUGAUAAAUGUGAAUAUUCAACAUUUAAACAAGCCAAUUGGUGGGCGCAUAAGAAUAGACACAAGCGUGCUCUGGUUCUAUGUGACCAAUGCCCCUAUGUCGGUAAACCAGCAAAUCUAAAAGUACACAUUCAAGUUCAUCACGACAAAUUUAAUUAUCCAUGUCAUUUAUGCAAUUAUCUUGGACAAACUUUGACACAUUUGAGAUCACACACAGAGUCUGUUCAUAUGGGUGUAAAGUAUCAUUGUGAUAUAUGUGGGUUUGCAGCGUCUACAACCACUAACUUGAAACAGCACAAAGAUUGUAAACACGAUGAUACUAAAUAUCCAUGUGAGGAAUGUGGAUAUUUAGCCUCCACAAAAUAUCUCCUCAGAAAACAUAUUAAAAAGAAGCACGGUGUCCCAGUAAAUGCUAAUAAUGUGCCAGUAGUUUAAGAAUAAAACCAAAGGGUUUAAGCAGAAAUAUUGUCAGAGAAUUAAUUAUUUUGUCAUGUUUCAUCCAUGUUUCAUCCAUGUUUCAUCCAUGUUAAACCAUAUUAAGCCUUCUUAACUGUUAAAGUAUAAAAAAAGUUAAAUUUUAUUUUCA